AUGAAGUCCUUCACCAUUGCUACCAUUGCCACCGCCCUCGUCUCCUCCGCCGCGGCUCUCCCCAAGGAACCCCCUUUCGCCAAGGUCAACCUAAUUGCGAUUAACCGCCCCAUCAGCGGUGCGUGGUCCGAGAAGCGAGUCACUGUCGACCUCGCGACUCUCAGCCACCAGGAGAACCUACCGAUCACCGGUCUAUCAAUCGAGAGCGUCUACAUCACCGCGCCUCCGGCCCCCGGUCGGCCCGCCAUUGGUGUAGCUGACAUCACUUGCCAGCGCUACAACGACCAGUUCGGAGUCCAGAGAGGCAGCGCCGCCUUCACCAGCUCGGUGAACGCAUCCAUCAGCACCAACUCUGUCGACUUCGGCUAUGUUCUUUGCUACGCCAACCCCACCUCUUAA